AUGCUCUCCGUACAUCGGUCCCCUCGAUCAAUUCUCAACUCCUCGUUCACCUGUACUUUUUUACUACCAUCCUUCUUUCCAAUACGUCGUGGUGACCGCCGAAGACUCACUUCCGCCUUGAGAACUAAGAGAACAACGUCGAUACCCGUAACAUCUACCUCUCCAACCCUUAAUUUCAUACGCCACCAGAGCACGGCCGAAUGGCUCACGAAUAUCAACAUCUCGUUUCCCCCACUCCCGCCCCGCCACGAUACCAAUGCUACUCCCAACGAAACCCGAGAACCUCCCCUCGACCCGCACCAGAAGCGAUUUCACUUACAUGGAGAUCUAAUUCACGACGGCCGUUUUCCAGACCUAUACGGCAUUACCAUGCCUCCCAAGCCUCCAAUCAAGAAUCCACGCUACGAAGACGCCUGGAUAUCGCAUCUCUUUACGGGCCCAUACUUGCCUCCAGAAUGGCGGCGCGAGGCAGAUAUAGUCCCGCCACUAGAUAAUGAGAAACUAUUACUUUUUCUGGAGCGCGCGAAAGGCCAUAAACAUGAUAUAAUUACGGAGCUAGUGGUGAGAGGCGAGUGGGCAAUCGCAGUAUGGAUUGUGAGGCAGUUGAUUCAACCGGGGUUCGAGUACCCAGAGGUAGUGAAGAUGCAUUCUGUAUUCGACGAGACACGGGGAUCUACGAUGAUGAAUGGCGACUACGACGUUGGUAGGGCAGAGAAAGAAUACAGUGGUGGGAUUCCGUCGCCCGCAAUUGCAGGGCGCUCGGGAUUGUGGGUAUUGGAGGAUAAAAAGGUCAAAUGGGAUAUUGAAAGACGGAGAAGAGGAUAUGGCGUGGUGCUAUACUCACUCGCUGGGAUGGUCAUAAGAGCCGGGACCGAAAGUGGGGACCGGGGGUACAAGGAUCUGAUGGCGACAGUGAGACAGGUCCUGGCGUAUCUGCACACGGCGGGGUUCAUGCCAGAUUCGCUAUAUGAUAUGGGGCGCCACCCAAGGUUAUAUUUGCUCCGAUCUCGUAUCCUUGCGUCACUGGCCGACGCAAUGUGGCGAGCUCAAGAGGCAAUGGCUGCAGAGGAAGCUGAACGUCUGGGCAUUGUAGGAGAAUACCAAGGCUUCGAAGUCCCCCGAGCCAGACAUCGUUUUGAAGUUUGGGGUGGCGGUACCAAAGAUAUACCCCCACCACCAGCUUCACUGCCGGCUCACAUACGCCAAAAAAAUACCCCGCAAUGGGGCAGCUAUUCUGAAUGUGAGGUCUGGCUGGAGCUCAUACUCACCAUUGUUGUCGAAACAGGGUAUGGACAUGUUGGAGUCGAUGUUUUACGCCACGCUGCCUCCCAGGGUUGGUCUUUCGUCGAUUACCGUGAAUUAUACCCAAACGAAUACACAUCAAAAGCACUACUUUACAUGGCACCCGAGCCUAAAACCGGGCCCUGGCAACUUGAAGGCCACUCGUUGGAUCGCCCGCCGGUCACUACGCAUCCUCUAUCACUGCCUAACACUCUUCUCCCUGGUGUUGUCGACGCAGCUGUGGACUCGACCGCUGAGGGUCGUGGCCUUGAAUCCAUGUUCAUAACGAUCCUCUCAUACGCCCAAUCAUUACCCAUGAAGCGCACGACGCUCCUGAGACUCCUGCGCCAUCCUGCUCUCGUCUGGUCCAAAAAUGCCGAAGUAAUGGCAGCCGGCGCCACCAUCCUCCUCGAAUUCGAGGACGGGGUUAAGGCGUGUAACAUGCUUUACACAGCCCUUAGCCUGCACAUAUCCAAGCAAAACCUUCCAGGGGCUCAAAGAGUGUGGGCGAUUUUGCGCAAUCGCACAAUGAACAUCCAGCAGAUUCCCGACCCACUGCUCGCCCACUACCUCAUGUUCCUCGUGGGCCGCCGAAUGCUGGGUGAUGCAUUUGGACUCGUCAACCCCACCACAGUCGACGGCGAAACGUUCCCACCAAUUAUCCAAGAAAGUGCCUACAACUCUCCCUACCUUGCACCCCCGCUUCUCGCUCUGGCUGUGGCUUCAAAGCGCCAACUGCUGUUUGAUCGUGUCCGCACAGCACUAGCACUCACCGACCCCCGCAGGAUCACGAAGGAAACCUACACCUCCCUCCUGAAAGCAAACCUUGCAUUCGGCGACUCCACCGCCGCCAAAGAUGUUCUCAGCGCGCUCUCCACCUACGGCCACACCAUUGACAGCGUUCUCGUUGGUGUCCUCGUCACCCACGAACUCGAGCGCGACCGCGCCGCCGGCUACGCCUUCGUUGAGUCGGGCGCCGGCGUCAUCCCCUUCGACCCAAGAACCCCGGCUGCCGCCCUAAGAACCGCGGCCGUAAGCAGGCAACCGCCGGGAAGAUGCAGAUCUCGCGAGACGCAUGGAUCUCGGUGCUACGGGAGGCGGUCGCGACCAGGGAUGAGCCGCGGACGAAAUGGGCUAUGGUAA